AUGGAAUUAUCAAAAAUGAAUUCUAAAGAAAAUAAAAGAAAUUUAUGGAAACAAUUUGUUGAUCAUGAUAAAUAUCAGAAACAUGUUACUAUUGGUUCAACUACUGAAUCAGCAGAAGGGAUAGAUGAUAAAAUAAUUUAUAUGGAGGAUUUAGAAAAAAGAAAACAAGUAUAUGGAAUAUGUGGAGAAUGUAAUGAACCUGGCACAGGAAAAAAAUGGUGUCAACCUUGUAAUGCUAAAAGAUCUAAGGAUAACUUUAAAAAUUGGACUAGUGGAAAUAAAGAUAUUGAUGAAUUUAUACAUCAAUCACAACUUAAUACUGUUUACUAUAAAAAAUAUCUUGAAUGGAUACCUUUUGAAAAUUUUAAAGAUAUUACUUAUAUUACCAGAGGAGGAUUUGGUAAAAUUCAUUCAGCUGAAUGGUCUGAAGGAUAUAUUGUAUAUUGGGAUAUUGAAAAUCAAAAAUGGAAAAGGGUUAGUAAUACGGAAGUUGCAUUAAAAAGUUUGGAUGAUUCAUCUUGUAUAAGUACAGAAUUUUUAAAUGAGAUUAAAACUCAUCUUCAGAUUUAUCUUAUUGAUGUUAUUCAAUGUUAUGGAAUAACUCAAGAUCCAAAUACCAAAGAUUAUAUGAUGGUUUUAGAAUAUUGUGAAAAGGGAAAUUUGAGAAAUUUUUAUAUGAAUAAUAAAUCAAAUUAUUCUUCAAAAAUUGUUGCAUUAAAGCGAAUUGCAAGUGGACUUCUAGAUAUUCAUAAUGCUGGAAAAAUUCAUAAAGAUUUUCAUUCAGGCAAUAUAUUAUACAAAGUUUUUCCAUAUAUAAGUGAUUUAGGAAUGUGUCAACCAGCAAAUAAUGAAAAGCAAUCAAUUAAACAAGAAGGGAUUUAUGGAGUAUUACCUUAUAUGGCACCAGAAGUUUUACGUGGAUAUCAAUAUACAAAAGCAUCUGAUAUUUAUUCAUUUGGAAUAAUGAUGAAUGAAUAUAUAUCUGAAGAAACUCCUUAUAGUAAUAUUCCUCAUGAUCAUGCUUUAUCUAUUAAAAUAUGUAAAGGACUUAGACCAAAUAUUUUUAAAUAUACACCAAAAUUACUUGCAGAUUUUAUUAAUAAAUGUUGGGAUGCUAAAGCAGAAAAUAGACCAACUGCUAAAGAAUUGUAUCAAACACUAAAUAAAUUGCAUGAUUAUGAGUAUGAAGAUAGUGAUACCAAAUCUCAAGUAGAUGAAUAUGAUGAUAAAAUCAAUUUAAACAGAACAAGUGAAAAAAGAUCCAACAACAUUCAAACGCAUCCGCAAGCAAUCUAUACUAGUAGACUUUUAAGUUUUAAAAAUCUUCCAGAACCAGUGAAUUUAGGUUCAGAAUGUUUUGAUUGUCAAUUAGACGAAUUAGAUCUUAAUCAAGAUGAAGAAAAUAAUAUUGAAUGA